CUAAAUGGUGGUGAAGGAAGAGUACUGAGACAUGAGUUGAUACACCCCAAGUUCUCUCUUAAGGUUGACAACUUGACAUCCAGCAAACUCUUACAUUCCCCAUUGUGCAUUAUCACUCACUUCCCAAUCCAAAUCCAAAACUUUUAAAAAUGUCAAUCACAUUAAUGAGAACUCCAAUUUCACAGAGAUGGUGCUUCCUCUUCGUGCUCCUUUCAAUGGUGGAAUUCUCUAUCGGAAAACUCUUCUUCCAUCCAUUUAACGUUACAUAUGAUCACCGAUCACUUAUCAUCAAUGGUCGCCGUCGCAUGCUCAUUUCCGCUGGUAUUCACUACCCUCGCGCUACUCCCGAGAUGUGGCCUGCUUUGAUUGCUAAGGCAAAGGAAGGAGGUGCAGAAGUGAUUGAAACUUACACUUUUUGGAAUGGACACGAGCCUAUAAAAGGAGAGUAUAAUUUUGAGGGGAGAUAUGACCUUGUCAAGUUCGCAAAGCUGGUUGGAUCAAGUGGUCUAUAUUUCUUCCUUAGGAUAGGACCCUACGUUUGUGCAGAAUGGAAUUUUGGUGGCUUUCCUGUGUGGCUGAGAGAUAUUCCUGGCAUUGAAUUUCGAACUAAUAAUGCACCUUUUAAGGAGGAAAUGCAGCGGUUUGUGACAAAGAUUGUUAAAUUGAUGCGAGAUGAGAUGCUCUUUUCUUGGCAAGGAGGGCCAAUAAUAAUGUUGCAGAUUGAGAAUGAAUAUGGAGAUGUUGAAAGCUCUUAUGGUAAAAAAGGACGAGAGUAUGUCAAGUGGGCUGCUAAUAUGGCGGUAAGGCUUGGUGCUGGUGUCCCAUGGGUUAUGUGCAAACAAAAUGACGCUCCUGAUUUCAUUAUUAAUACUUGCAAUGGCUACUAUUGCGAUGGCUUCAAGCCAAACUCCAACAAGAAGCCUAUAUUUUGGACUGAAGAUUGGGAUGGAUGGUACACUACUUGGGGUGGAAGAUUACCUCAUCGACCAGUUGAAGAUCUUGCUUUUGCAGUUGCUCGCUUUUUUCAAAGAGGUGGUAGUUUUCAAAAUUAUUACAUGUAUUUUGGUGGAACAAACUUUGGGAGGACAGCUGGGGGUCCAUUCUAUAUUACAAGUUAUGAUUAUGAUGCUCCUAUAGAUGAAUAUGGUCUUUUAAGCGAACCUAAGUGGGGUCAUUUGAAGGAUCUGCAUGCAGCAAUUAAGCUUUGCGAAGAUUCUCUUGUUGCAGUCGACUCUCCUCAUUAUGUCAAGCUAGGACCAAUGCAAGAAGCUCAUGUUUAUCACAAACAAGGAAAUGGAAGGUCAAGUUUUAGUGAGUCUGGAGAUGGCAGUAGGUGCUCAGCAUUUUUGGCUAAUAUUGAUCAACAUAAUGUAGCUUUAGUGCAUUUUCGGGGUCAGACGUACAAGUUACCUCCUUGGUCUGUCAGUAUAUUACCAGACUGUCAGAAGGUUGCCUACAACACUGCUAAGGUUGGGGCUCAGACAUCAAUAAAAAGGCUAGAUGAUGAUACACCUCAUCUUUCAAACACACCUGUAGUACAGCAGCUGUCGCGUCAGGAAAAGGCCUCACUUGUUUCGGAAAGCUGGAUGACAUUAGAUGAGCCAGUUGGAUUAUGGAGUGCUAAUAAUUUUACUGCACAAGGUAUCUUAGAACACUUAAAUGUGACCAAGGACUCCUCUGAUUAUCUUUGGUACUUCACCAGAAUAAAUAUAUCGGAUGAAGACGUGUCAUUUUGGAAGGAUAACAGAACCCAUCCAGCGCUUACAAUUGAUAGCAUGCGUGAUGUGGUGUAUAUAUUUGUUAAUGGAAAACUUGCAGGAAGUAAAGUUGGGCAUUGGGUACGGGUUGUACAGCCUAUCAAUUUGCUGGAAGGAUAUAAUGAUGUGGCAUUGCUGUCUCUGACAGUGGGUUUACAGAAUUAUGGUGCCAACUUGGAGAAAGACGGUGGUGGUUUCAGGGGCCAAAUCAAGCUUACAGGACUGAAGAAUGGAGACAUGGAUCUAUCAAAAUUAUCCUGGACUUACCAGGUUGGACUGAAAGGUGAAAUGCAGGAAAUAUACACAUUAGAUGGACAUGAGAAGGCAGCGUGGGUUGAUUUGACGACUAAUGGAACUAAAAUCCCCUUAAGCUGGUAUAAGACCUACUUUAAUGCACCUGAUGGACUGGAUCCAGUUGCUCUUGAUUUAAGAAGUAUGGGUAAAGGCCUGGCUUGGGUUAAUGGCCAUCAUAUUGGAAGAUACUGGACUUUGCUCUCUCCACAAGAUGGAUGUAAACAGUCUUGCGAUUAUCGAGGAACAUAUGAUUCAAGCAAGUGCACAACCAACUGUGGGAAUCCUACUCAAGUGAGAUACCAUGUACCCCGUUCAUGGCUGCAGGAAUCAGAUAACUUACUGGUUGUCUUUGAAGAGACAGGUGGAAACCCAUUUGAGAUCUCAUUGACAACACAUUAUGCACAAAACAUCUGUGCUCAAAUAUCAGAAUCCCACUAUCCGCCACUUUCGAGAUGGUUGAAUCAUGGCUCUGUAGAUGGACAGGUCUCUAUCAAUGACACAACACCUGAAAUGCAUCUGCAUUGUGAAGACGGAUAUAUAAUUUCUGUGGUAUUUGCCAGCUAUGGGACUCCAAUAGGUAUCUGUCAAAAGUAUUCCAAAGGCAGCUGUCAUGCACCAAAGUCUUCCAAGGUGAUUUCUAGGCUCUGCGAAGGAAGACAAACUUGCUCCAUUAGAGUUUCAAAUGCUGAUCUCGGUGGUGAUCCGUGUCGAGGGGUUGUUAAGACCCUCGCUGUUGAGGCAAAAUGUGUAUCAUCACGUGUGGCAGGGUUUUCAUCUUUCUAGAUUUUCUAAAUCUGCUUGUUCUAACCUGCGAAUUUGUGUAUAUUACUCCUGUACAUAAUUUCUGUAUACAACGAGAAGGCACCAUCUUAUGUAUUUCCGGGCACAAGUCAAUAAUAUGGUGCAUACAGCACUUCUGGUCUGCGUGUCCUUUAAGAAGGUUUGCCUGUGUUGUAUUUGUAAUGAUUUCAGUUGCGUUCACAGUUAAUUUUAUGGAAUAAUAAAACUAGUAUUUGCUCAA